AUGACUGAACCAAAUUACUCAACUUCAAAAUCAUUAUUUUUGGGGUUCGAUUUAUCAACUCAACAAUUAAAAAUCAUAGUUACGAAUGAGAAUUUGAAAGGACUCAAAACUUAUAAUGUUGAGUUUGACAACCAAUUUAAGGAAAAAUACAAGAUUUAUAAAGGUGUAAUAAUACCUGGAGAUGAUGGAGAAAUAGUAAGUCCAGUAGCAAUGUGGUUAGAUGCAAUUAAUUAUUUAUUUGAUAAAAUGUCGAAAGAUAAGUUCCCAUUUGAUAAAGUAGUUGGUAUUUCAGGAUCUGGUCAACAACAUGGAUCAGUAUAUUGGUCAAAUGAAGCUGAUAAACUAUUGAAGAAUUUAAAUCCUAGCCAAGAUUUGAGUGAACAAUUAAAACCAGCAUUUUCAUGGGAAAUGUCACCAAAUUGGCAAGAUCAUUCAACAAUACCCGAAGCUAAUGCAUUUCAUAAGGCUAUAGGAAAAGAAAAUUUAGCUAAAAUAACAGGAUCAAGAGCUCAUUUGAGAUUUACUGGAUUACAAAUUAGAAAAUUCGUAACUAGAUCUCAUCAAAGGGAAUAUGAACAUACGUCAAGAAUAUCAUUAGUUAGUUCGUUUGUUACAAGUAUAUUGUUGGGUAAGAUUGAUGAUAUUGAGCAAAGUGAUGGGUGUGGGAUGAAUUUAUAUGAUAUAAGAAAUACAAAAUAUGAUGAUGAAUUAUUGGCUAUUGCUGCUGGAGUACAUACAACUUUAGAUAAUCCCAAAUCAAAAGAGCAUCAACAAGAAAAAAUUGAAGAAUUGAAACAAAAGCUUGGACCAAUCAAACCAAUAACUUAUGAAUCUUCAGGUUCAAUUUCAAAAUAUUUUGUCAAAAAAUACGGGUUUAACCAAAGUUGUAAAAUUUAUUCAUUUACUGGUGAUAAUUUAGCAACAAUAAUUUCAUUACCAUUACAACCAAAUGAUUGUUUAAUUUCUUUAGGUACAUCAACAACAGUGUUAUUAAUUACAGAAAAUUAUAAUCCAUCCUCGCAAUAUCAUUUAUUUGAUCAUCCAACUAUGCCAAAACAUUAUAUGGGUAUGAUUUGUUAUUCAAAUGGAUCAGUUGCAAGAGAAAAAAUAAGAGAUGAAAUAAAUAAGAAAUAUAAUGUAGAAGAUCAUACCAGUUGGGAGAAAUUUGAUGAGAUUCUACAGAAAAAUGAAUCAGAACCUUUCGAUGAUAAGUUGGGAAUUUACUUCCCUAUUGGCGAAAUAGUACCUCAAGCUCCAGCUCAAACAAUAAGAGCAGUGUUAAAGAAAGACUCGGAGAAAUAUAAAGUCAAGAAAUGUGAGUUGGGUGCUGAUAAUUUCACCAUUGAUGAUGAUGCAUUAGCGAUAGUAGAAAGUCAAACAUUGAGUUGUAGAUUAAGAGCUGGUCCAAUGUUAAGUAAAUCGUCUUCAACAACAGAAAAUAAAGAAUCACCACAACAAGAUCAAGAAAUAUACACCAAAUUAAUCAGUAAAUUUGGAAAACUAUACACAGAUGGUAAAGAACAAACACAAAACAGUUUAUUAUCAAGACCAAACAGGUGUUAUUACGUAGGAGGUGCAUCAAAUAAUCAAUACAUAAUAAAUAAAAUGGGAUCGAUUUUAGGUCCUAAAAAUGGUAAUUUUAAAGUGGAAAUUCCAAAUGCUUGUGCAUUAGGUGGUGCAUACAAAGCAAGUUGGAGUUAUGAAUGUGAAUUACAACAAAAACAUAUUCCAUAUGAUGAAUAUUUAAAAAAAUUAUUUAGUGUCAAUCAAGAAUUAGAAAGUUUUAAAGUUAUUGAUCAAUGGAAUGAAUAUUUCGAUGGGGUUGGAAUGUUAGCUAAAAUGGAAGAAGCAUUAUUGAAAACUGAUGAUUGA